CACCAACUUCACCACCCGAGUCCUAACACUCGCUCCUCGACUCGCCUGCCUGGAUAAGCGUGAAGCCGAAAACACAGCAAGAUGUCAGAAAAAAAGAUGUCGUCGAGCCGCAAACAUCAGUUGAAGAGUCUGAUGCUGUCCAUAGCCAAAGGUCUGCUGGAGGAGGAGGACCAGGAGCGAGAAGAAGAGAGGAGCAGGUACAUGGCUGAGAACUGUCCUCCUCCCUCCAUGCCCAGGAACAUGCAGGAGCUGCAGGAGCUCUGCAGGGAGAUCAACCGAAAGAUUGACGUGAUCGAUGAGGAGCGAUACGAUCUGGAGAUGAAGGUCAACAAGUCCAACAAGGAGAUUGAUGACCUGAAGAUCAAAGUCCAGGACCUGAUGGGCAAGUUCAAGAAACCUGUCCUGAGAAAGGUCCGCAUGUCUGCUGACGCCAUGUUGAAGGCUCUCCUCGGCUCCAAACACACGGUGAACCUGGACCUCAGGGCCAACCUGAAGCAGGUCAAGAAGGAAGUCAAAGAGGAGGAUAAGGAGCUGCGUGAUGUUGGCGACUGGCGUAAAAACAUUGAGGACAAAUCCGGCAUGGACGGGAGGAAGAAGAUGUUUGAAGCAGAGGCUUGAAGUGUUUCACGACAUAAAAGUUGAAGACAGACAACGUUGUUUGUCAUUCACAUCUGCAUUUCAUGAAAUAUGACUGUAAUAAAAUAUUGCUAUUUGU